AUUUUCCAUUUAGAUUUGGUCGUCCAUCAUGUUUUGGCUCGAAAAUCAACUUCAUAUCAAUAGUUAUAGUGAGUUUAAAUUACUUCAAAAGUUUCAGUUUGAAAAGUAACAUUAAAAAGCGCCCACGAUGCUGGUGCAGGUUGUAGUGACGACGAUGCUGGCGCUGGGCGCGGCCCCGUGCGUGCUGCAGCGCGCGUGCCCGGCGCGAACACCGCGUCCGCCCUCCAGCGUCUGUAUGCACAGACUACACACAGAGCAAGAAGAGAAAUUUAUACCAAAUUGUUCGAAAAUGUGCUAAUAAAUGCCGAAGUUCUCAACAUAUUUUAUUAUAAUUUUUGAAUUGCCCGCUUAUGCCCGCUAUAUUUUAUUUACAUACGCGAGUCACAAACAAAUACAUAACGAGGAAAUAUUCGGUGGAUAAUCAAAAUUAUAAACUCGAUUGCAUAUCACAUCCAUUACGAUAGUAGCGCAUCGUCACGUAGUAAGGAUGGGUGAGCGCUUAAAGCCAAAGGUGCGUCGAUGCACGCGCGAGUACUACUGUAAGCGUUGCUUGGGCUGCCGCUGGUUUCUGUGCUGCGUCUCUUGUCGCUGUUCCUGCUACAAGGAGGAAUCAUGAUUGUCAUUUUUUUAUUUGUCAUGUUUUCUGGAUUCCAUCAGAUAACAGCUAAUUGUAAAAACUGUAUGAUGCUUGGUAAAGAUGAAAAGGCAAUGUUCCGUGCGCACUCCGAUGCUUGUCGGACGCAGUCCCAAGUGAAGCAGCAGCUGAUAGACGAUUUGCUUAGCGGUAAGCUGGUGAACGACCCCCGCUUGAAAAAGCACGUCUAUUGCGUGCUUCUUAAAUGCAAAAUAAUCAGCAAGGAGGGUAAGCUGCAGAAGGCUGCGGUGCUGGGGAAGAUGGGUACUCGUCUUGAUGGGAAGAACGUUACCAAGGUCCUGGAGAAUUGUGCUAAUCAACCUGGCGAGAGUCCAGAGGACCUAGCUUGGAACCUAUUCCGUUGCGGCUACGACAAGAAGGCUGUACUCUUCGACUUCAUGCCAGCUGGGUCGAAUGGAACCGACGAGAACGACGCCCUGUAACUAACGCAUCGUCAAUAGAUGGCGCUGUAUUGAAAUUAUUGUAAUUGUAUUUUAUUGUAUGUAUGUUGUGUUAUAUUUUAUUGAUUGUUCUACUAUAAUACUCUAAAUAGUUAUUUUGAUCUUCAGAUUAUUUUAAAUUCUAAUGCAAAUUUAUGUGAACAAAAUGAUUUUAUAUCUAAUAAACUGAUACUCUUUUUUCCACCAUU